ACACCACCAGGCCCACCUUUGAUAUCUCAGAGUAGCUACUAGAAUGGACUAUAUGGUUGAAACCGGGCUUGACCAAGCCACUGCUGAUCUGAUCAUUCAACUGCAGCUGCAAGAUAUUAGCCUCUAUUCGGAAUCCUCCAAAGGCAAGUCCCGCGAACCAACAGACGAAGAGCUAGCGUUUCGACUGCAAAAUGAAGAGCUGGAGAACAAUUCCCAGCUGCUCCUGGAUCGCCGGAUGGCCAUGAGCUUUGCAGCCGCUGUGUUGGCAGAUGGAUCGCUUCUGGCAGACACCUAUGCAGAGGAGCAGAGGGUGGCCAGGGACCGAGAGAUGGCUCGCCAGUUGACGGAUACCGGCGAGCAUCCAGUGACCGCCAAUGUUUGCCAGCAGGGCCCGGAACCGUCGACGGGCCUGGACGACGAGAUUCUGACGAAGCUGGAGAUCCUGUAUCACGGCAUGGACGCUCAUCACAGCACUACCACCGAGGAAGAAGAGCGAGCCGAAUCGUCUACGUGGGCAGCCAGGCGAGGAGUCGGUCAACCCCCAGCACGGAUGCGACGUUGUAUAGCCUGCAGAGAAGAGACAGCAUUCGUCGAUGUGGUCCGGGCCCCCUGCCGUCACGAAUACUGUCGCUCCUGUCUGGAAGAUCUGUUCAAGGCGUCGAUGACCGAUGAAUCCCUCUUCCCCCCGCGCUGUUGCCAGCAGCCAAUCGUGAUGAGCACCGCGCGCAUCUUCCUCGAAUAUAGCCUCGUGCAGGAGUUCGAAAAGAAGAAGAUCGAGUUUGAAACGCCAAAUAGAACGUACUGCUACUCUGCUGGAUGCUCGGCCUUUAUUGCCCCAGCGCACAUCGCAGGCGACGUUGCCACCUGUCUAGACUGCGGACGCACCACCUGUACCAGCUGCAAGGCGCGGGCACACACAGGCGACUGCCCGAACGAUACGGCCCUGCAACAGCUCCUCACCACAGCACAGACUAAUGGCUGGCAGCGGUGUUAUGCUUGCUGGCGCAUGGUUGAGCUGGACCAUGGUUGCAACCAUAUGACCUGUGUCUGUGGUGCUCAAUUUUGUUACAACUGUGGCCAGAAGUGGAAGGCUUGUGCAUGUGAACAGUGGGACGAGCAUCGUCUUCUUGCCCGUGCAUACCAGAUCAUUGAUCGACAGAUAGACCCUCCCCUGGUUGCUGAUCACCCUCGACCGGAUGACCGUCUUCCUCAAGACGCAGAUGAGCCUCUCGAUGUAAUCGAAGAGUCAGAUGAAGAACUAGAAGGAAUAGCAGUAGGCGAGGUUCAAGUUCCCAUCUUGGAACCGCCCCCCGAUAGGCCGACCUUGCGAGAGCUUCUGGUGGAGAGAACGAUGCAGGAGCUGCGGGAGAACCAUGAGUGCAACCAUUCUCGAUGGAGGUUCAUAAACGGCCCUCAUCGAUGCGAGGAAUGUUCCCACUAUCUCUACCGGUAUAUCUUCGAAUGCACCCAGUGCCGGCUCCAGGCGUGCAACAGAUGCAGAAGAAACCGGCUCUGAGUAUGCAAAGUUUCUGGCUACAGAGGGUCUAUCAGAUGAAAAUAAUUAAAUUAAUUAGAUCACAAAUGAUACAUCAUAAGGAUGACUCUUUUGCCUCUAGACCCACAAUCUUUUUGGGCUGUGUGUGGGCUUGCAAUCCCCUACUUGCGACGGGGCAUUUCGGGAUUUGAAUCUCUUUCUUCAGAAACUUCCUUAAG